AUGUACCCUUGUCCCGAGGGGACGUCCUCCUGGCCUGGGGCGAGCGAGUGCUCCGCAAGAGGGGCGUACGACGGCCCCUCCGCACAGGAAUACUUCUCCCCAUCAUCCUUCUCCCGCCCUCCUGCGCGUAACCCCAACCCGGGCAUACAACCCGAGGAUUCGGAGGCGGAUGGGGAUGCGGACGGGGAGGAGUACACGGACGAUGGCGAGUCUGAGUGGCCUGCUCAUCCGCAUACGUUGAAGAAGGACGCCUGCUUCGAGUUGGGGGAAAUGUCCUGUCCCGGCCUGGAUGGGAAAGGCAGGUUCUGUAUAGACCCGAUGACGAACCUCGAAGCAUGUGGCGGCUGCUCGCUACCAGACGAGUUCGGCUACGCCCCAGGCACAGACUGUACAGCCCUCGAAGGCGCGCUCGAUGUCUCCUGUCAAGCCGGGAACUGUCUUAUCAGCUCGUGCAGGACUGGGUUCGGGGUCGUUCACACUAGCAGGGGCAUGCAGUGCGUGAAGGAUUAUGAUAGGCUUUUGGCCAAAGCGCAGAUGUCCCGCCCGGGGAUGCAGACAGGAGACGACUCUCGUUGA